CCACGCACCAUGGCUCAAGCUCACUGCUACCUGCACCUGGCCCUUACCGCCGCCGCCGUACUGCUCGUCGUGCCGCUUGCCGCGGCUUACCCGUGGCAGGUAUGCGGCACGACGGGGAGCUUCACGGCCAACAGCACAUACCAGGCCAACCUCGCCGUCCUCGCCGCCGCCCUGCCCACGAACGCCUCGUCGUCCCCGGACCUCUUCGCGACGGCCGUCGUCGGCGCCGUCCCGGACCAGGUCUCGGCGCUGGCGCUCUGCCGCGGGGACACCAACGCCACGGCCUGCUUCGCCUGCCUCGUCACGGCCUUCAUGGACGUGCAGAACAUGUGCGCCUACGACAGAAGCGCCGCCAUAUACUACGACCCCUGCAUCCUCUACUACUCCAACCUCCACUUCCUCUCCUCCGACGACAACGUCCCGGCGGCGUCGACGGACCGCAUCAACCUCCGGAACGUGACGUCGGAACCGGCCCGGUUCAACCGCCUCGUCGGCGCGCUCGUGAACGCCACCGCCGACUACGCCGCGUACAACUCGACGCGGCGGUACGCGGCCGGGGAGGCCAGCUUCGACCAGGAGUACCCCAAGGUGUACAGCUGGGCACAGUGCACGCCGGACCUGACGCCGGCGCAGUGCAGGGGGUGCCUCGCCGGCAUCAUCGCCAGGAUGCCGAGCCUGUUCACCGACCGCGUCGGCGGCAGGUUCCUCGGGAUCAGGUGCAGCUACCGGUACGAGGUGUACUCCUUCCUCAACAGUCCGGUGACGGUGCAGCUCGCCGAGUCAGGGAGCGCGGGAGCGCCGGCACCGGCGAUGGAGCCCACGACCGUGACGCCGGCAGUCACCGGAGGAGGACGGAAUCAUAGCGUCCCCGGCACUGUUCUUGCCAUUGUGCUGCCGACCAUAGCGGCGUUGCUGGUCAUUAACCUCCUCGUCUGGCUCUGUUUCUGGAGGACAAGGAGAUCGCAACCAUGUCUAGCUUGCCAAAAUCCCACCCCUGCCGCUGGAACGGAGAACAUUGAGAUCAUAGAAUCGAUGAUCAUUGACAUCUCCACUUUGCGAGCCGCAACAGGGGACUUUGCAGAGAGCAACAAGCUUGGCGAAGGCGGGUUUGGUGCGGUGUACAAAGGUACUCUCCCGGACGGCGAUGAAAUAGCAGUGAAGAGGCUGUCGAGGUGUUCGGCGCAAGGGGUAGGAGAGCUGAAGAACGAGCUCGCCCUGGUCGCGAAGCUUCAGCACAAGAAUCUCGUCAGUCUAGUCGGCGUUUGCUUGGAGCGGCACGAGAGGCUGCUCGUCUACGAGUUCGUUCCCAACCGGAGCCUCGAUCAGAUCCUCUUCGACGGUGAGAGGCGUGAGCAGCUGGACUGGGCCAAGAGGUGCAGCAUCAUACACGGGAUCGCCCGGGGCCUGCAAUACCUCCACGAGGACUCUCAGCUCAGAGUAGUCCACCGCGAUCUCAAAACCAGCAACAUCUUGCUGGACAUGAACAUGAACCCCAAGAUUUCGGACUUCGGCCUCGCGAGGCUUUUCGGGCGAGACCAGACGCAGGGCGUCACCAAUCAUGUCGUCGGCACCUACGGGUACAUGGCGCCGGAGUACCUGACGCGCGGGAGCUACUCGGUCAAGUCGGACGUGUUCAGCUUCGGCGUCAUGGUCCUCGAGAUCGUGACGGGAAAGAAGCACAACGGCCGCCACGACGACGACGGCCGGCGAUCGCCGGCUCAAGAUAUCUUGAGCUUCGUAUGGGAGCACUGGACGGCCGGGGCGGUACCGGAGGCGAUCGUCGACCCGCGCAUGGGCACCGGCUUCUCCCGGAGCGACGUGCUACGGUGCGUCCACAUUGGCCUGCUGUGCGUCCAGGAAGACCCGGCGGACCGGCCGGUGAUGUCGUCGGUCGUGAUGAUGCUCGGUAGCGACACGGUCUCCCUCCGGAACCCGUCCAGCCCGGCGUUCUACGGAAGGAACAGGAUCUCUCCCACCUCGAGCACGUCGUCUGGCGAGUACACCGCGCGAUGAGCGUAGUGUCGGUCCUAGAAGUGCUCAACCGUUUCAGCUGUCUUUACGUCAGAAAGAGUGCUUAGCGUCACUUAAAGAGAAUCGAUGCCUGUAGAUUAAGAGGGGGAGGAGGUGAAUUAGUGUCACAUCCGGUAUGCUAGGAUCUAGUUUCAUACAUACAGUGACAUCAUAAAUGAAUAACAGCAACAGUAUCACGUAAAGAAAUAUAAAUAAAGACUUACAAGGCUAUCAGAGAUAUAUAGCAUAAUCUUGGA